AUGUCGACCCUGAGCUCUGUCACUUACCAUCUCGUUCGGCGGGGUCUGGAGGAGAAGCCCUCCGACCCCGACCAGCCUGAUCGCCCCUUUCCAGCCUUGGGUUUCACUGUCGUCAUUUUGACGGCUCUUCUGAUGUUCCUUAUCUGCUCUUACAUCGAUUACACUUUUGGAAAGGUCGUGGCGACGCUCGCUGCUAUCGAGGAUCCUAACCCCGACGUCUACGUCCGUAUCGAUGCGGAUGUCAAUGCUCCUAAGUCUGACGAUGAUGAUGAGAAUGACCCCGAGGUUCCAGCUCCGCAAUCCAAGCCCAUUACCAGCUCGUUGCGGACUACCAUCGCCCAUUUGCGUGCCCGCGCCGGCCGUUGGUCUCAGCUACGUGGCCUACGCAUGUACCUGCUGACCAGGGUGGCCACCAGACUCAUUACAUCUCCACUGUCUGCAAUUCUAGGUGGCUUCUUUGUCAGUCAUGUCAUCGCAAGGUUUGUGGCGGAGAUCGUCCUCGCCAACUUGACGAUGGCAUGGGUUCAUAUUGUCAUCUCUGAGCCGUCCACCAAACGCUUCUUCCAGCGUAUCCCUGGUCGUAAAACCUGGAUCAAGAUUGCCCCGGUGGCCGCCCUCCGCUCCCUCGCUUCUCAGUUCACCAUGUUCAUCCCCUUGAUCGUUGGCUACUCCACGAAAGUCCUCAAGAAUGGCGGCGCGGUGAACCCGGCAGUGCCCUCGGACGAGCUUCCUCCAACAAAUGUCGUCGCAGGAACCCUGGGUGUUGCUGCCCUCAACCUGGUCCUAUACCUGCUGGUUGACAUGCCAGCGCAUGUGACCUUCAUCCGUGUCGCGGCUUCGAUGCUGCCUGAAGAUGACGAGACGAUCGUACCCUUUGACCGUACAUUUGGCGGUAAAGUCACCCCGGAGAUUGUGGGUGGUGCGGGCAAGAUCGGAAUCGUCGAUGCCUGGCGGUCUUUCGACUGGGCUUCCCGGGUGCGUUUUGUGAAGGUGGUGGGCAAAGUCUUCUUGAUGGUGGCUGCCGUGGCUCUAGUGUUUAGCUUCAUCCUGGGCCUCGAGGCGUACUUCCUCCUGGGAGAUGCCGUCAACAAGACUUUUGCCUCCAUGUAA